AUGACGUUGAUGGAGAGUGAGUAUAAUUCUAGUGAUUCUUUGGUGACCCUGGAGGAGAUUGUUCAGUUCCAGGCCGAAUGGGCUAAUGCUGAGCCGAUUGCACGGACAGAGAGUUUUCUGUGCUUGGGAACCCAUGGAAGUGAUGAAGUCGGGGGCUCUCAGGAUGCUGGGUCCCAGCUUUGCGUCCUGGCUUGCCCUGAUGCAGGCCUUGAUAAACGUUCCAAUGCAUCAGUUGUGCUGUCGGCUGCGAAGAAUGUAUUUGCCAGAAACAUUGCUGAAUCAGAGGAGCUUUAUAGUUCUUCGGAAGUAUUCGGACAACCAAGCUGGGACGGCACAUUGACCCUAGAGUAUGAGAUGCUGAUCCGUACUAGACGUGGAGAGCAGAUUUUGGAAAUUAAGUGA